GGCCCCCCAGGUUCUCUGCUCCUCCCCAAAGGAUGUGCCCCUUUGGCAGGGCCGGGGCUCCCGGCCCGAGGGCGGGGGGAGGGCGCCUCCCUCUCCCUCCUCCCCAUCCGCGCCUCGGCUGCGCCCGCCCGGGGUUUUACUGCAGCGGCCGGAGGUGACAGGGACGCCCUAGCCUCCUCGGCAGCUCCCAGGAGCCGGCUUCCCCGGCAUCCCCGAGGUCCUGCACCUGCGAGGCGGGUCCCGAGGAGGGCUGCCAGCCGCAGAAAAGCGAAUUUUAAAAUGUGGAAGUCGCAGGGCUGCAUUCCUCCUCCCGGGACCAGCCCGGGCGCCCUGCGCUGACAGCCUGUGGGUAGUUGGGACCGUGGAGCCAAGGGGGAGGGGAGUGGUGCAGCCUCGUUCACGAGCUCUGCGAGGAGUCGCCGGAGCCGCGCGGUUGGACACAAGUUUGCGUGGGAGUGUUUUCCUUUUGUCAAUAAUUAAUCGGCCUGGCAGAAUCGGAGUUUUGGCAAUCGCGCAGGCGGCGGGGCCGAACACCCAACUUUGGGAAGCUCUAAGGCGCCGGGGCGCAGGGGGAAGCUGGCAGCAGCGUCUGGAGAGGCGCCAACCCCUUGGUGCUCCGCUGAGCCUAAGCCGCAGAGGGGUACACCCACCCAGGAGAUGAAGAAACAGCAGCCCUGAGAGAAGUAACCCAGAAUUAUUCCGUGGAGGAGCAAGAACAAGAAUCCAAGCCUGGACCCACCUAGGCAGCAACUCCCAAUCCUGUUUCUUCCAGCCUCUGGUAACAGCCGUCCCACUUCAUCUAGAGUUCGACUACUCUAGAUGUCUCAUGACAGCUUUCUGCAGCUGAAGGAGCCAGCCAUGGAUUUCAGGCGCGUGAAGGACUAUUUCUCCUGGCUCUACUACCAGUACCAAAUCAUCAGCUGCUGUGCUGUCCUGGAGCCCUGGGAGCAGUCCAUGUUCAAUACCAUCCUGCUCACCAUUUUCGCUAUGGUGGUGUACACUGCCUAUGUUUUCAUCCCAAUCCACGUCCGCCUGGCUUGGGAGUUUUUCUCCAAAAUGUGUGGCUACCACAGUACACUUUCGAAUUGAUCGUGCUCGCGUUCUGUGAAUUCGCAGUGCACAUGCGUACGUUGCUUGCAACUCCUUGUUUUAGGUGAUUACCGUGUCUUCUUUCACUUUCUGAUCUCAAAAGCUCCCACUUUUCUAUGCACUUCUCUUAGGUCCUGCCUGAAAUUUGCAAUAGAGGCCUCUUUAGGUUCUUUUGUACAUGUUACAUUGUGUAUCAGACCAAGAUAAUACAAUGACCUUACCUCACGUACCAUAUUGUAUCAAGUUAAAUCUAUGACUUUAGUGUGUGUAGUUUUUUAAUCAGGAAAUUUCAUAUAAAAUUUUUUCUGGAAAGUAGGCUCAUGAGACCUAUCAGAAACGUGUUUAAAAUAUUUGCUCCCUUGAUACCUAUUCUAUAUUAAAGGGUAUAUUUUUUAAAAUGUGUUCAUAGGCUACUGUCAAAAUAUCAGAUCCUUGUUUACAAUAUAAAGGUGUGAAUGAAUUAUAUGGGCCCCC